ACCUGGUGGCGUGUCGGUGCCGUCUAUGGCGCUGCAGCGGUUUGCCUGGGAGCCUUUGGUGCUCAUGGCCUGAAGCAGCGCAUCAACGACCCUGCAAAGCUCGCAAGCUGGGCGACAGCAGCUCAUUACCAGCUCAUUCACUCCGUUGCUGUUCUGGUCGCUCGCGACAACCCACUCGCCGCAGGACUCUUCACAGCUGGCAUGACCAUGUUCAGUGGAAGCAUCUAUGCCCUCAUUCUAGAUCCGGCCCGCUUCAAAGUACUGGGACCAGUCACCCCCCUCGGUGGCCUCUGCCUGAUUGGCGGCUGGCUCUCUCUU